CUGCCACCUAGUGGUACAAAUAGCGCACUCUCUAGUUGUGGCGCUGAGCAGGUCCUGACCGCUAGCUAAUGCACUGUGAAGGGGAAAAGAGGUGUUAUUGUGAAACGCAUGGUCACGCCAAAGACAGUCUGCGCUCGACCGAAACACUGACUUGAAAUGUGUACAUGUAGACGGCUGCCAGUCACCGCUUUUAUACUGACUGAGCGCGGAGCAGGGCCGCCCCAGUAGCCAGUCAAGAUGGACACCGCAGAGGAAGGGGACAUCUGUCGCGUGUGCCGGUCAGAGGGCACCCAGGACAAGCCGCUCUACCACCCCUGCGUCUGCACCGGCAGCAUCAAGUUCAUCCAUCAGGAAUGCUUACUCCAGUGGUUGAAACACAGCAGAAAGGAAUACUGUGAAUUAUGCAAGCACAGGUUUACAUUCACACCAAUCUACUCUCCAGACAUGCCGUCUCGCUUGCCUGUCCAGGACAUCUUCGCGGGGCUGGUCACCAGUGUUGGAACAGCCAUCAGAUACUGGUUCCACUAUACGCUGGUGGCCUAUGCCUGGCUCAGCGUGGUGCCUCUCACAGCAUGUCGUAUCUACAAGUGUUUAUUUACUGGCUCUGUGAGCUCUCUCCUUACUCUGCCAUUAGACAUGCUUUCAACGCAAAACCUACUUGCGGACUCUCUCCAGGGCUGUUUUGUGGUCACUUGCACGCUGUGCGCCUUCAUCAGCCUGGUGUGGCUUAGGGAACAGAUUGUCCACGGUGGCGCCCCCCAGUGGUUGGACCAGAAUCCACUUCCUCUAGUUCCGAACCAGCCCAACGGUCCAGCACCGGCUAACGAGGUUCCAGGUGGCAACGUCGGCGCCGACGCCCAAGCUGCUGCUGCGGCCCAGCGGCCUGCAGACGCUGCCCCAGAAGGACAGGCACCCGCCAACCCAAAUGACGCCGGCAACCAGGGGGGCGUGGCUGGACUCGACAACGAGGAUGAAGAUGAUGAUGGGGAGGAAGAGGAGGAGGACGGCGACGACGACGAUGAGGAUGAGGAUGAGGAGGAGGGCAGGGAAGAGGAUGCUGCCGAGGCCAAUAAUGGAGGACACGAAGACUUGAACUGGAACGCCCUCGAGUGGGACCGAGCAGCUGAGGAGUUGACCUGGGAAAGGAUGCUGGGGCUGGAUGGCUCCCUAGUUUUCUUGGAGCAUGUCUUCUGGGUGAUGUCUCUCAACACACUCUUCAUCCUGGUCUUUGCUUUCUGCCCGUAUCACAUCGGCCAUUUCUCCGUGGUUGGACUGGGCUUUGAAGAAUAUGUCAAAGCGUCACACUUUGAUGGCCUCGUCACCACCAUACUGGGUUACAUCCUCCUGGCUGGAGCUCUCAUAGUUUGCCAUGCGUUCGCUUCAUUGGUGAAGUUCCAGCGGUCCAGACGCCUCUUGGGCGUCUGCUACAUUGUUGUGAAGGUGUCCCUGCUGGUUGUCAUGGAGAUAGGCUUGUUCCCACUGAUUUGUGGUUGGUGGCUCGACAUUUGCUCGCUGGAGAUGUUUGAUGCAACUCUGAAAGACAGGCAGCAGAGUUUUGACUCGGCCCCCGGCACCACCAUGUUCCUCCACUGGCUGGUCGGCAUGGUCUACGUCUUCUACUUUGCUUCCUUCAUCCUUCUGCUCCGAGAGGUGCUCCGGCCUGGCGUGCUGUGGUUCCUGAGGAACCUGAACGACCCAGACUUCAACCCAGUCCAAGAGAUGAUCCACCUGCCCAUCUACAGACACCUGCGGAGGUUCAUACUCUCUGUGGUGGUGUUUGGCUCCAUAGUUCUGCUGAUGCUUUGGCUUCCUAUCAGAAUCAUUAAACUGCUCUUUCCAACCUUCCUGCCCUACAACGUCAUGCUUUACAGCGACGCCCCCGUCAGCGAGCUGUCGCUGGAGCUGCUGCUGCUUCAGGUCGUUCUGCCGGCUUUGCUGGAGCAGGGUCACACUCGCCAGUGGCUGAAGGGCCUCGUUCACGCCUGGACGUUCACAGCUGGAUACAUGCUCGACCUUCACUCCUACCUGUUGGGAGACCACGAAGACGAGGACCACCAACCAAACGACAACCCUCCUGGUCGCCGUCACAACGACAGGAUCCCUGGCUUGGGGGAGGGGCUUCACGCCGCCCACCAGGCCAUUCUGCAGCAGGGCGGGCCCGUGGGUUUCCAGUCGUACCACCGGCCCAUCAACUUCCCCCUUAAGAUCAUUCUACUGGUUGCCUUUAUGUGUGUGACGCUGCUACUGGCCAGUCUGAUCUGCCUCACACUGCCGGUGUGUGCGGGCCGCUGGCUGAUGUCUUUCUGGAUGGGCAGUGCCAUGGUUCAUGAGCUGUACACAGCGGCCAGCGGCCUGUACAUCUGCUGGCUGUCCAUUCGAGGCGCCACCGUGAUGCUGUCUUGGAUGCCACAGGGGCGGACCAUCAUCAUGGUCAAAGUCCACGAGUGGACCCUCAUGAUCCUGAAAACCAUUGUGGUGGCCGUGCUCUUGGCCGGGGUGAUUCCUCUGCUGUUGGGUCUGCUGUUUGAGCUGGUCAUCGUGGCUCCUCUCAGAGUCCAACUAGACCAGACGCCUCUCUUCUACCCCUGGCAGGACUGGGCCCUGGGUGUGCUCCAUGCUAAAAUCAUUGCUGCCAUCACACUGAUGGGCCCCCAGUGGUGGCUCAAAACCGUCAUUGAGCAGGUGUAUGCUAACGGUAUCCGAAACAUUGACCUCCACUUCAUCGUGCGGGGGCUGGCCGCCCCAGUCAUCUGCGUCCUGCUGCUGUCCCUCAGUGUGCCCUACACCAUCUGUAAAGGCAUCACGCCACUGCUGGGUGUGCAGCCAGAGAUGCAGACGCUGGUGGAAAGGAGGAUCUAUCCCUUCUUGCUGAUGGUGGCCAUACUGCUUUCCAUCCUGUUCUUCCAGAUCCGACAGUUCAAACGUCUCUACGAACACAUCAAGAACGACAAAUACCUGGUCGGACAGCGACUUGUGAACUAUGAACGCAAGAUGGGCCGGAGGAUGUCAGCCUCCUCGUAGGCCCGGUGCUUAAACAUUUUGGGGGGUUUCUCUGCGUGCUUUGUCUGCCAGAUACCAGCUUCAAACGCCAACCUCUAAACUUUAACGGCGGCUUCGUCGUCUACCGGUGACGAAGGACGUCGAAGAGUGAAGAAAAAUAGUCUGAACCAGGUUGCCAGCCGACCUGCAAAAAGAGUCGGCACAGUUGAAACUCAGCGGAACCUUAAAGUUGCUAACUGUGCGUCCUUUGUCCAUUUUUGUGUGUGUCCUCAACUCAGCUGACAUUUUAAGUUGUAAUUAUAUUAUUAGUAUUUUUUUAAAGUUGAAGUCGGGUCGCUUGAGCAGAGCUUUUACCUCAGAUUGUGCUUCCCUUCUGAAUGUUUGUCGUGAAGUAUUGUCUCACUAACCCCCGAGCGUCUCUUACUGGGACUCGCCUCAAGUGGAGCUGGUCGGUGAGAAAGGAUGAAUACAUGACGUAGCAAUGUAAUUUGUAUUGUUUUUUUAAUGUUUUUAUUUGACAGUGAGCUUUUAGUUCUGACAAUUUUUUUUUGGGAAGUAAAGAUGUAAAUGUAUCUUUGAUAAUCUGGAAACAGCGCGGGACAUGUUUUUAAGAUGUUCUCCUGUGAAUUUCAAAACUGGGUUGUGUCGCAUAGUGGCCAUUAAGUCAGGAAUAUUUCAACUGGAAACAACAACCUCGGAACCUUUCACCUGCAUUCGGUCAACUGAGGAGACAACCGCUAAAUAACAUCACAACAUUGAUUUUCAUCGGGUGAACUAUGAAUUUUACAUUGCUGUGAAUGCAUCUCCAAACAGCUGCAUCGCGAAAAACUAAAGAUUACAUUUCACAUCAGGGUAACUUUAUAUUUGAGCUCUGCCCAAACUUGUUGUUUUACUGAAUGGCCCUUGAACCCAUCACAAUGUAACUCAAUGCGACCUCCUUUAACGUGAACUGUAACUGAUGUAGCCACGCAGCACUUCUCUCCGCCUCUUUCAACAGAGAUUAAUUUAUUCAUAAUUUAGCAGUCGGGGAGAAAAUAAGUGUUUAACCACAGAUGUGUCACACAUGUUUACACAUGUGCAGUAUGAACGGGCAUGAUGCUUCAGAUUUGUAUUUCUUUGCGGUUGAAUUAAAAAUAAAUAAAAAGUUUUACGUUGCGCGCGCACACAGCAGGGCCAUGCAUCAUCUCUAUUAAUAAGCAAUAUGACAUCGUGAUUAGCAGAGUUGUAAACGGGGCCACCAGACUGGCUGCCAAGCCAGUAGGUGGUGGGAGGAGAGUAAGAUGUGAACGCUGGGAUUGAUUAUUACGAAAUGUGUGUGUGUGUGUUUUUGUUUUUUGUUGAAACGAGACAAAACAGUUGGUCUCAAUGCAAAUGUUUUAUUGUGCACGUUUUACCACACCCAUUUAAUUUCUCCCAAAAAACAUUGAAAGAUGUCAGUAAUUCACUUUUGGGACUGCACAAGGGGUUUCACAGGAUGAGUUUGAGUUGAGUUUUUUUUUUAUGGAUAUGGAUUGUGAUUUACAUUAAUUUAGUGCUGCUGUGUGGAAUGCUCUUAUUAUAAAUGAAUAUGAUGCUAUAAAGUGACCUUUUAAUGAUCUUCUUAAACUGAGCUGGACAUUUCAAAUUUUGAUCUUGAAUUUUUAGAAACAAAUGAUUUCUAUUUUUAUAUGUGCAAAAAAAGCAUGUAGGUAUAUCCUAAUGUCUGUUAAUUGUUGGUUACAUUAAUAAAUAGUUGAAAUGA